UGAAACAAUAAUAAUUAGUUUGCAUCGUAUCAUAUCCAAAAACAAAACAAACUUGUUUCUUCUUCUUUUAUGAAAAUGAGGCGACAGAGUAGUUUCAUUCGUUAAACAUUCUCUUACCAAAUUAGAAGAAAGAAGAAGGAACAGAAAGUUAGGAAUUGUCUAUGUAACUUGUCAAAACCCAACAAAUGUCUUAGGAUUUAUUAUGUAGAUCUUGGAGUAUCUCAUAUACACAAUCAAAGGAACAUUAAUUAUGUUUCCUCUUACAUUUGUUAACCCAAAUCCGAGACUUCCAUAUCCAUUGUUCAUUGCCAAAUCGAUUCCUGAACCAGCGUUGAGCAGGAGAAGCAGAGCUUUCUCAUCUUCUCGCUCUUAUCCUUGGAGACCGAACCUUAGAUUGAAUGGCUUCAAGCUCAAGUCAGCCACAGCUCCCGAGAACGUGGAAGGAGGAGAUUCGAAAUCCGAAAGUUUGGUCAAAGGGUUGAAGUUAGGAGGCAUGUUCGGAGUUUGGUACCUUCUCAAUAUCUACUACAACAUCUUCAACAAACAGGUACUUAGGGUUUAUCCAUAUCCAGCGACUGUAACAGCUUUUCAAUUAGGGUGUGGAACCUUGAUGAUUGCAAUAAUGUGGCUCCUUAAACUCCAUCCACCCCCUAAAUUUGCUCCUUCUCAGUUUACGGCGAUCGUACAACUAGCAGCAGCUCACACGUUAGGAAACUUGCUAACAAACGUGAGUUUGGGACGAGUAAACGUCUCUUUCACACAUACAAUCAAAGCAAUGGAGCCUUUCUUCACCGUCUUGUUCUCUGUUCUCUUGCUCGGUGAGUGGCCAAGUUUGUGGGUUGUUUGCUCGCUGUUGCCAAUUGUCGCUGGAGUCUCUUUAGCAUCUUUUACUGAAGCUUCUUUCAAUUGGAUUGGUUUCUGCAGUGCGAUGGCGUCUAAUGUAACAAACCAAUCACGGAAUGUUCUCAGUAAAAAAUUCAUGGUUGGAAAGGAAGCGUUGGACAACAUCAACCUUUUCUCUGUAAUAACCAUUAUCUCCUUUAUCUUACUGGUCCCUGCAGCAAUCAUGAUGGAUGGGUUUAAGCUUACUCCUUCGGAGUUACAAAUAGCUACAAGCCAGGGAAUGUCCGUGAAAGAGUUAUGCAUCAUGUCUCUUCUUGCUGGGGUUUGCUUGCAUAGCUACCAACAGGUAUCGUAUAUGAUACUGGAGAUGGUGUCUCCGGUCACACACUCGGUGGGGAACUGCGUGAAGCGUGUGGUGGUUAUAACAUCAUCCAUUAUUUUCUUCCAAACUCCAGUUUCACCUCUUAAUUCUAUAGGUACGGCGACUGCACUAGCUGGAGUAUAUUUGUACAGCAGAGCCAGAAGAGUCAAAGUAAAACCAAAUCCAAAUCCAAAAACUUGCUGAAUUUGUCUGUAUAUAUGUUAAAAAUUUGUAGAAGCUCUUUUAGUUUGUUAUCAGUGUGAGAAGCCUUUUUUUUUUUUUUUUUUUUUUUUUUUNAUCAAUUAUUAUGUCAGUUUACACUCAAUGAGUUUGUUAUUAUAUGUCACUAAUCCAUUAAAGAAGAAACAAAACAAUACUUGGGAGUUGGAAAAUUGUAUUUCCCUUCUGAUGAGUCAACAAUGGGCUUGGAAGAAAAGUGAAUAGCCCACAGAAGGCCCAAAAGAGAAGGAGGCGGCUCGUUUAGGUAGGUAAAGGUAUUCAGAUAUUUUUGUUGAGAGACGGUAAAAGUAUAAACCUAAUAAACGGGACGGCAUAAAUAAAAAGGGGAACACACGUCUUCUCUCCAUCUGGUCUUUUUUGGUUUCUCUCUCUUCUGCUCUACGCUUCUUCUCCCUUCUUGUGGCGUAGAUUUUUAGAGAGAGAAAUUUAUAUUCAAGGUCGAGAAAAAAAAAAAAAAAGGAAUCUCAUAUCUCGACUUUGGAAGAUUUGACCCGACCCGACCCGACCAAG